CAUGUCAUGGGCACUCAUUUCUAAGAAAUGAAAAUAAGGAAAUGGAAUGUAACGUGACUUUAUUUCUGUGAUGUAGAGGCUUUUCCUUUUCAGCUAAAAUAGCCUCUUCUCUUGGAUCCUUUUUACUACUCCCUACUCAGCGCUGAAUUGCACUGGAGAAUGCUCUGAGGACAACCAUUUCAAAGCAAGCAGAUCAAGGCCCUUAUAAACAAAAGCAGCAUGCUGGCCUUCUUGGAGAAUACUUCAACUGUAUAUAUGAACAAGAGCCAUGCUCCAGUCACCAUCAAGCCUACCAAUAUUAUUAUUGCCUUCCUUAUCUUGAUGGCUUUUCUAGUGGGGACGACUGUGAAUGGCCUGUUCCUCUGGGUGCUGGGUCUGAAGAUGAAAAGGACAGUCAACACGGUUUGGUUUCUUCACUUGAUUCUCUCCUACUUAAUGUCUUGUUCCCUCAUGCCCUUCUUUGCUGUCUACAUCCUCCAUGAUUUCCACUGGAUUUUAGGCAGAGCUAUGUGCAAGAUUAUAAAAUCCUUCUUUUCAGUGGUCAUGUUCACCACUGUUUUCCUGCUCACCAUCAUCAGCCUGGAUCGCUACCUCUUCACCUGCCAUUCCAUCUGGUCUCAGCAUUACCGCACAAUUCCCAGGGCACGCAAACUCAUUGCUGGGGUGUGGGUCACCUCCCUAGCCUUGAGUGCUCCCAGCCUGGUUUUCCUGGAGACUCAAGAGGUGGACAACAAGAUUCAGUGUGAUCACACCUUUGCUUUCUCCAUGGACUGGGAUAAGGGUCGGUUUCACUUGGCUUUCUUCCUGGCUGUGUUCCUGCUGGCCUUCCUGCUUCCUUUCCUCAUCAUACUAGGCUGCUGCUGUUGGAUCGGUCAUGAAAUGAAGAAGAAAAGCUUAGUGAAGACUGGGAAGCCUUUUCGAGUCUUGGUGGCCUCAGUGGCAUCAUUCUUCAUCUGCUGGCUUCCCUACCAUCUCUACCAUGCUUCCCUGGUAUUUCGUGUGGCAUCGGAAAGAACUGUUCAUAUCCUAUGGGACAUUGCUGCUGCUGCAGGUUGUUUCAAUAUUUGCUGCACCCCUAUCAUUUAUCUCUUUGUUGGGGAGAAAUUUCAGCAGGUCUUCAAGACAUCUGUGCUUUCCCUGCUUAACAAAGGCUUUAUGGAUUACAGUAUACCAUAAAUCCUGGGGACAAUACCAACACAGAUGAGAAGCUUGACUACAACCAUGGCAGAAAUACCCAAGCUGACUCAGGGAAGAAAGAUGCCAUGACCCUACAGAAUUAACUACUUUGGGGUCAAAGGUAGGCAGAAAAGUGGUUUCUUUGUUGUUAUUGUUGUCUACCAUUAAGUCAACGGCAACCUAUGGUGACCCUAUGAAUGAGAGACCUCUGAGAUCAACAGUCAACAACUGCCUUGCUCAGGUCUUGCAAACUCAGGGCCAUGGACUACUCUGUAGCUUCAGACGUUUUGUUCAUCUUUGAGAUUUCUAAGAGGUGAAAAUGUUGAGUAUUCGAUUUUCUUUUAAGAGUAGAACAGAAAGUCAAGAAGAAUCAAUAUAUAAUUCAGAGAAGGCAAGGGAGGAGGUCAAGAUAUGGAUGCUAUAGCAUUGUGUAGAAUGGUUGGGAAGUGCUUGAAGGUUUGAGAAAGUGAAGAAGGUAUGGAGUAUAGAGGAAGGAAAACGGAAAAAGAAGUGAUAGAGUGUGGAAGAAAGAGAGGGCUAGAGGGAGGGAAUGAGUGAGGAGAGGAGGGGUAAAGGAAUGAGAUGCAGAGGAAUAAAAGGUUUGGAAGGUGAAGAAGGAUUGGAAAGAAAUGUAUGGGUAAAGAAGGAGGUGGAAGAAGAAGCUACAAAAGAGACGACAGAGAGAAUGUCAAAUGUGGAAUAUGGGUAUAGUAACAGGAGAGUAAUAAAUAGUACAUGAUACCUGAGCAUAUGAUGUUAGGGACUAGUGGGGGCUGUAUGGUCUCAUGUAAGAUUGUGGAAAGAUGCAUUGCAACGUUGUAUGAUAUAUUGUAAGAUUGCAGGAUGUACUAUGUAUAGCAUCGGUUAUAUGAAAGACUAUGUAUUUUAAUUAUGGCAAAUAAAGGUAUUUUUAAAAAAACAGUCAACAACUGCCCUGCUCAGGUCUUGCAAACUCAGGAUCAUGGGCUUCUGCACCUUCAGACAUUUUGUUCAUUUCUGAGAUUGCUUUCAGGUGAAUAUCCUUUCAGCUUGAAUCCAGUUGCAACCUUAGAUACAGUGCUACUCAUCCUCUGCUCUUCCUCAGGUGCUGGCUGAGUGCCUUCCAAC